AUGGCAGCAAUGGCCCUACAACCGCCGAAUGGCAGCGCCACGAGCGAGGGCCUGCCCAUGCCGUCCCGCAACCCGCUGCCGCUAUCCGCGUCACAAGAGGCCCAGGUCCGAGACGUCUUCUACGACAGGGUGCGCAGGCACUGCGCCGCCGAGAUCAAGGGUAUGUCAACCAACUGCUCACUGGGCCCAUCAGCCUCCUACACGUCGACCCCCCAGAGCACCGUGCAACGGAGUGGCUCGUCAUUGACAAACGCAACAGCAUUCGCCGACUGCGCCCUCGGCCGCACCUUCACGGUCCCCUUCGCCUGCCGCGAGACGCACCGGGCCAUGAACGGCUGCAUGAAGGCGCACGCGACGCCCGCCGAGGAGGACGCCGCGCGCGAGGAGUGGUUCGCGCAGCGGCUGGAGCGGCAGCACCAGCGCGAGGCCAAGGAGCGCCGCAAGCUCGAGCAGCAGAAGCUGCUGCGCGAGUGGUGGAACAUACCCGAGAGCGAGCGCGACGAGGCGCGCCGGAGGGCCGAGGAGGAGAAGCUGCGGCGCGGGGAGAGGGUGGGCGGGUAUGCGGCCAAGGACAGGAGGAGGGCCGACGAGGGUGGGCCGGAGCAGAGAUGA